CUUUGAUAUCUACCGAGUGACCCCAGUCAACCAGCUUCCCGGUACUGUCACUUGAAUUCAGAGCCACACUUGGUAACGGCUCAUGAAGCAGGUUUGAAGCCCCAAACAGCAGCGCUGGACUCUGUGCUAACACCCCCGAGGAGCCCGCCAUGCAGUUACUAGUCACGGUCAUCCUCACCUUGUGGGUCUCCUGGGCUCGUGGACAAGAUCUCUCCUGUGGCAGCCCUCCCUCAGUGCAAAAUGCCUCUAUUCCAAACGAGAUGCGCAGGUACCAACAUGGGGACAAAGAACGUUAUGAAUGCAGCCACUCUUUGGUCCUCGACGGGAAUGCAGAAGUGACAUGUCUAAGUGGGAAGUGGACAGACCCACCUGAGUGCAAGGAGCCCAAAGGAAAAUGUGGGCCCCCUCCUGUUAUUGACAAUGGAGACAUUACCACGUACCCAUUAGCGGUCUACGCUCCCGGGUCCUCAGUGGAGUAUCAAUGCCAGGCCUACUAUGAACUUGAGGGAAACAGGAGAAUAACGUGCUGUGAUGGACAGUGGUCUGAGCCACCCAACU